AGCUUUCCCAUUUUAAAACACCACCUCUCCCUCUCUCUCACACACACUCUUCCUAGUGCUCUUUUUUGUCUGCAUGCUUUGCCCCACUUCAAAGUAUUGAUUUAUCCUAAGAAAUGUAUCGCCUACUUCAAACAACUCUCAGAAACGCCACCCAGGCUGGCUGCAACGUAAAAGAUGUUUCAGCACGUAAAAUCUUGCAGAAUGAUCUGGUUCGGGCUUUCACAGCUGCGAUAUCGUAUGGUUCAGAAGCAUCUGCACGGGAGGAUGUUCCAUCACCUAUCGAGAAAGACUUUAAGGGGCAUGAUAUGCUAGCUCCCUUUACGGCUGGAUGGCAGUCUGCAGACGUGAGCCCUCUAGUAAUCGCAAAGUCAGAGGGGUCCUAUGUGUACGAUGUUAACGGAAAAAAGUAUCUCGAUGCUCUUGCUGGUCUAUGGUCCACUUGUCUUGGUGGAAACGAGCCUCGUCUUGUUGAAGCUGCGGUGAAACAACUAAACACCUUGCCGUUUUAUCACUCCUUUUGGAACCGUACCACAAAACCAACUUUGGAUCUCGCGAGUGAGCUAUUGGAGAUAUUCACGGCUAGAAAAAUGGCUAAGGCCUUCUUCACAAACAGUGGAUCGGAAGCCAACGAUACACAGGUGAAGUUGGUUUGGUAUUACAAUAAUGCCCUCAGGAGACCGAACAAGAAGAAGUUCAUCGCUCGAUCAAAAUCAUACCAUGGUUCGACGCUUAUAGCAGCCAGUCUCUCCGGCUUGCCUGCUCUGCACCAGAAAUUCGAUCUGCCAGCUCCGUUUAUCUUACAUACCGACUGCCCUCAUUAUUGGCGCUUCCACCAACAAGGUGAAUCCGAGGAGGAAUUCUCGACCAGGAUGGCCAAGAAUUUGGAAAACCUUAUCCUCAAAGAAGGUCCCGACACGAUUGCUGCUUUCAUAGCAGAACCGGUUCUGGGCGCUGGUGGUGUUAUACUUCCUCCUGCAACGUACUUCGAAAAGGUUCAAGCAGUAUUAAAGAAGUACGAUAUUCUGUUGAUUGCUGAUGAGGUAAUAUGUGCAUUUGGGAGGCUCGGGACGAUGUUUGGCUGUGAUAAGUACGGAAUCAAGCCUGAUCUGGUCUCCAUAGCAAAGGCGCUCUCUUCUGCAUACCUACCUAUUGGAGCUGUUCUUGUCAGCCCCGAGAUCUCCGAUGUCAUACAUUCUCAGAGCAGUAAACUUGGCUCCUUCUCCCAUGGAUUUACUUACUCGGGACAUCCCGUAGCAUGUGCUGUUGCAUUGAAAACACUCAAGAUCUAUAAGGAGAGAAAUAUAGUUGAGCAAGUAAACAAAAUAGCCCCUAAAUUUCAAGAAGGUGUGAAAGCGUUUUCGGAUAGUCCUAUUGUUGGUGAGAUACGUGGGACGGGACUGAUUCUUGGGGUGGAAUUCACGGAUAACAAAUCACCCAACGAUCCUUUUCCUGCCGAGUGGGGCGUCGCGGCUUAUUUUACAGCACAGUGUGAGAAACGGGGAAUGUUAAUACGCGUUGCUGGAGACAAUAUCAUGAUGUCUCCUCCAUAUAUCAUCACUCCUCAAGAAGUAGAUGAGCUGGUAGAGAAAUUUGGGGAAGCUCUCAAAGCGACAGAAGAAAGGGUGGUAGAGCUGAAAUCUCAGAGGAAAUAAUAAAAUGUUGAUAAUGGUGAAAACUUUGAAAAUUGAAUAUGGUGUUUGGAAAUAAUAAGCAGAUUUAUGUGAUGCUAUGGAAUUUCAUUUAGUCCUUGAA